UCUGCUACAAACCUUGUCAAAACUUGACAGACCCUUGAUUCUUGCACGAAAAUAACCGGCAGCGACUAACAAGUCAAUUAUUUCCUGAAAUUUGAUGGCUUGUUCCUCGUCUUCGCGGACGUCCGCCUAAAAGUUUUUGUUGUCAGAUUAGGAGCAGAAGGUGCCGGAAAGUUCCGUCAGAGGCUUCGUCCUGUUAGUACUGUUUUGGUUGCGCAGCCCUUCAAACCCUUUGGUGUUUACGUUGAAGUAUUCGCUAACAUGCAGUGGCAAGCGUUUUUAGACGCUCUCAAUUCCAAACUACGAGCUGCAAAUUUUCUGAAUGAAAUUGAUCGAAAUAGGGGCUCGGAGCUUGAAGUAAUGUCAUGUCUCAUCACAGACUCAGACAUCAGAAGAUUCAUGCUCCGUUGGAUGGCAGAUCAAUUCCAAUCGAGAGAUCUUAAGUCCAAAGAAAAAGCAAAACAUCUGAGAGAUCAGGGAAACAAACAAUUUCAAAUAAAGAAUUAUCAAGCUAGCAUACCCCUUUAUACCAAAAGUGCUCAAUAUGCUCCAGUUGAAUGUGAUGACUUAUCAAUUGCUAUAGCAAAUAGAUCUGCAGCACUUUAUUAUAUGGAUAAUUUUGAAGACUGCCUGAAAGACAUCGAUUUAGCGAUAAGCAGCGGAUAUCCCAAAAAGUUGCAACAUAAAUUAUACAUACGUUCUGCACAGUGUUACCUUAAGUUGAAAAAUCGAAAAAAGGCUGAAGUAGCUCUUAGAAAAGUUGAGGAGAUUAUUAAGACUUACAACGAAUUCCCAGUGGACAAGAAAGAUGAUAUUAUAAAAGAAGUCUCUGUUUUGGAAACAUUUAUAUCACAGCUGGAAAACAAUGCAGCAAUUGAAAAUACAACAAAUCAGUCAUGCUUGCGACCAGAUUUAGCUUUUGGACACAAUGAAAAUUUUCCAUAUGCAUCAGCUGCUUUAGAUUGUAAAUAUACACCACAGAACGGAAGAUACGUUGUAGCCAACAGAGACAUUAAAAAAGGAGAUGUUCUGUUUGUUGAAAAACCAUUUGCCUUCGUUCUUUUGGAUUAUGAACAUCCAAGUUCAAACUGUAGACACUGCUGCCAUCCCUAUGAUGGAAUACCUGUACCCUGCAAAACGUGCCUUGAUACAAUGUACUGCAGUCUCAGUUGUCUCAAGGAUGCAUGGUCCUUAUAUCAUAAGUGGGAAUGUCCAGGAAGUCAAAUAGGCAUAGGCCAACAAAUUGGAAUUGCACAUCUUUCUUUGAAAGUCUUGUUAAAUGCAGCAACAACUCAAGAUUCAAACAGAUUUAACGAGGUGCAGAAAUUAGUUACAAAUAUCGAUAAACUAACAACCGAAGAUCUCCUGGUUUAUGGAAUAACGGCCGUAAUGCUCACGCUCUACUUAUAUCAAUACACAGACUUCUUCAGAACAAUCGACCUCAAAAAAUCAUUCAUUGACAAAUUUUCAACUAACAUUGUUAACUUUGAUUGCAAUUUGUCGACGGAGAGUGGGAAACAGUUGUACAUAAGUUCCUUAUUGCUGAAACAUACAUUGCAGUUGAUAUGUAACGGUCAUGCUAUAACAAAACUGACCCUAGACUCGCAAGAAAAUGAUAAAGUUGUCACGGAACAGCAGGAAAGAGUAGCUACAGGAAUUUAUACAUCAGCAAGUAUGAUGAAUCAUUCCUGUGAUCCAAAUAUAAUUAAUAGCUUUGAUGACCAGUAUCUCAUCGUCAAGGCAACGAAGGACAUCCCUGCUGGUGACGAAGUACUUAACUGCUAUGGUCCCCAUUACCGAAGAAUGUCGCGAGAUGAAAGACAAGAACUUCUAAGAGUUCAGUACUGUUUCACGUGCACGUGUGAACCAUGCACAAGCCCUGAAUUACAAUACUUUUUGGAAAGAUUUAGUGCCUUGAAAUGUCCAGAAUGUAAUGGUGCCGUUUUCAAAGUUUAUUCAUCUUUGAACUGCUUGGAUUGCGGCAUAUCUCCUGCGAUAAAUUACGCCGCCGAACUGAGGGAGGCACAGUCUCUUUUUGAUGCAGCCCAAGUUUGUAUAGAAUUAGAACAGGAUGCAGAGGCAUUAAAUAAACUCAAACAAUGCUUGAAUAUUAGACGGAGUGUACUUUACAAACAUCAUGAAUACAUAACAAAUACUCUUGAUCUCAUUGGAAAAGUUUACGCUAUUUCGGGUAAAUGGCUGGAUUCAAUUUCCUACCUGGAACAUAUUAUUGCUGGAAUCGAAGAAAGGUUCGGCUCAGAUAGCAUAGAGCUUGCUAACGAGUUGAAUAAAAUUACAGAUAUUUGUCUUCAGUAUUUGCAAGAGGAAACUAAAACGAGAACAAAACAAUACAAGAAUGUUCUGAAGAAAACUCGUAGAUUUUUAAAGCGAGCAGAAGAAAUAAUGCAAUUAAAUUACGGCCCCUGGAACGGAGGUUGUCAAGAAAUCACGAAGAAAUCUGAACAACUAUCUACCAUAUUGAAAAACUACAACAUUUAACUGGUCAUUACAAUCUGGUAGCCCGCUCGCCGAUAUAAGGUCAAUCCUGUCAAAAAGUUGUCAAUCAUUGAUAAACUCCCUUUUUUAUACUCCUCACUAUCAUCCUACACCAACUACCGAUCAAGAAAUGAUAAGCAGACUUUCCAAGUUC